GAUUCAGAAUGGACUCUACUUUGAAUGCAGCUCAAAUCCGCGAGAAGUUCAUCGACUUCUUCCGCGGCUAUGAGCACACGUAUGUCCACUCGUCCUCCGUCAUCCCUCUGGACGACCCCACGCUGCUCUUCGCCAAUGCAGGCAUGAACCAGUACAAGCCAAUCUUCCUCAACACCAUCGAUCCCUCCCACCCUAUGGCCAAGCUACGUCGUGCCGCCAACACCCAGAAGUGUAUCCGCGCAGGAGGUAAACACAACGACUUGGACGAUGUGGGUAAAGAUGUCUACCAUCAUACCUUCUUCGAGAUGCUGGGGUCCUGGUCUUUUGGGGACUACUUUAAGCACCUGGCCUGUAAGAUGGCAUUGGAGCUUCUGACCAAGGAGUUUGGUAUUCCAAUUGAACGUCUGUAUGUCACCUACUUCGGGGGGGACGCUGCAGCAGGCCUGGAGCCCGACCUGGAGUGCAAACAGAUCUGGAUCGACCUAGGGAUGGAGGAGGCUCGCAUCCUGCCCGGCAGUAUGAAGGAUAACUUCUGGGAGAUGGGAGACACGGGCCCCUGCGGCCCCUGCAGCGAGAUGCACUACGACCGCAUCGGGGGGAGGGACGCCUCUCACCUGGUGAACAUGGACGAUCCCAACGUCCUGGAAAUCUGGAACCUGGUGUUCAUCCAGUUCAACAGAGAGUCAGAGACCGAGCUGAAGCCCCUGCCGAAGAAGAGCAUCGACACCGGGAUGGGCCUGGAGCGCCUGGUUUCUGUGCUGCAGAACAAGAUGUCCAACUACGACACGGACCUCUUUGUCCCAUACUUUGAAGCCAUUCAGAAGCAACAACUUUGCAAUCAGGGUUUUGAAUCCAACAACAAGUCUGCCAAGCUGAUUUGUCAUGUGAUCACCGUGGACUCCGCCCUCCUGAAGGAGCAGCAGCAGGCGGUCCUGGUCAGUCCAGUUCUGGACCAUCAGUACUGGAGCUGUGUGAGGCUGGUGUACCAGAUCACCGGUGGGGGGUCCCUGCAGCUCUUCCUCAGACCAGAUGGGGAUAACUUUGACUACCGGAUGUGGACUGCCAACCAAGCCUCUGACAGCUGGCUCAUCGCUAGUGUGGACCUACCCAAUAGCACCACCCCCUACCAG